AUGGCCGAAGCUGUUGUUUCAAUAGUGCUCGAAGGGCUCAGCAACCCUAUCAUUCAGGAAUUGAAAUCCUUGAAAUCCGUGGGUGGUAAGGUUCAGAGUGCACAAAUCCAGCUACAAUUCAUGCAAGGCUACUUGAAAGAUGCAGACGCAAGCCAGGGACGCGAUAAAACAAUACGCAAUUGGGUGGCAAGUGUCAGAGAUGCUGCUUAUGACCUUGAGGAUGUCAUUGAAACUUAUGUCUUAAAAGUGGCUAUCAAGAGGAAACCAAAUGUUUUGACAUGGUUUACUGGCAUCUUCAUAAAAGGAGUUAAUCUUCAUCAGAUUGGCUCAGACAUAAAGAAAAUUACAACCGAAAUUUCAGAGUUGAGUUCGAAUAUGCUAAGUUUUAACCUACACCAAACAAGGGAGAAUGGAGGUGACAUUUUUUUUCAGAGGCAACAGGAACGGAGGAUAACUUAUCCUCAUAUUGUCGACCCUCAUGUGGUUGGGUUAGCCCAUGGAACAAAGAUAUUGGUUACGCAUUUGAUCAAAGAAAAAGGCCCCCGAGUUGUUUCUAUUUGGGGGAUGGGUGGGUUGGGUAAAACCACUCUUGCAAAACAAGUUUAUCAUCAUGGUGAAGUUAAGCGUCAUUUUGAUUGUUUUGCUUGGGUGUGUAUCUCUCAACAAUGCCAGGGACGGGAGGUUUUGAAAGAAAUUCUGACAAAACUCAUUUCUCCUACCAAUGAGCAAAGACAAAAAAUUGCAGAUCUAGGGAAGGAUCAAAUAGCAGAGUGGCUUUGGAAUACGCAAAGAGAAAGAAAAUGUUUGGUGGUGUUGGAUGACAUUUGGACCAGUGAUGCGUGGAGGUUGUUGGAAACUGGAUUUCCAAUGAAUGAGGAAACAGAGAGCCGCAUUUUACUCACUACUCGCAACCAAGAAGUCGCUUCCUGUGCGGACAAAAAAGGUUUCCUCUUUGCACCAAAGUCGUUGAAUGAUGAUGAAAGCUGGGAACUGUUUGAGAAGAUAGCAAUGUCUGGAACGGAAGAUACAAAUCCUAAAACUUAUGAAGAAAAGAAAGAGUUAGGUAGGAAGAUGCUUCAACAUUGUAAAGGUUUGCCACUCGCCAUCACAGUUCUUGCAGGACUUCUAGCUAGAAAAGAAACAGGUGAUGAGUGGAAUACGGUGCGCAAGAAUAUUGAUGCAUAUAUAAAGAGAGGCACAGACCUUGGGACCGAUUACAAAGGUGAAGGAUUUGAAGGUGUAUUAUGGUUAUUGGAAUUGAGUUACGAUAACUUACCAUAUUACUUAAAACUAUGCUUUCUAUACUUAGCCCAUUUUCCUGAAGAUUAUGAAAUACCAGUGAGUACAUUGACUAAACUAUGGGUGGCAGAAGGUUUUAUAUCAUCGGCAUCAGGUGAAGUAAUGGAAGAUGUAUCAUAUAGGUGCUUAAAUGAGUUGGUGGGUAGGUGUAUGGUUCAAGUUGGAAAACGUGGUUCAAGUAAGAAAAUCAAGACUUGUCAUCUCCAUGAUCUUAUGCAAGACUUAUGCAUAUUAAAGGCAAAAGAGGGGAACUUUCUCCAUAUCAUCAAUUAUUUUGUAGCUUCGGAGACCAAGGAAACUCCAAACGGUAGAGUUCGAAGACUUGCCAUCAAAACGAUUAAGGCAUAUUGUCCGGGGAGAGAUGAAAAUUAUGGCCAUGUUAGGUCUUUGUUAUAUUUUGUCUCAACAAACUGCUAUUGGAACUCAAAGGUAUUACGGUCACUAUUAAGGGACUUCACAUUGCUUAGAGUUUUGAAGUUUGAAGGUAUGUGUGUUAUAAAGCACGAGUUACCGGGUGAAAUUGGGAAUCUAGUGCACUUAAGGUUUUUAAGUGUAAAGGAUAGUGAUAUUCGCGCGGUGCCAUCAUCUAUAGCAAAUUUGGUAUGUUUGCAGACUCUGGAUUUACGUAGCAGUAGCCAUUAUAUGUAUCUUCAAAUUCCAAAUCUAAACGUGUUUUCCAAGAUGGAAAAAUUGAGACAUAUAUAUUUACCCUCAAGACACAGUGCAAGAGAGAAACGUUUGUUAUUUGCUACUGAGGCAGUGAAUUUGCAGACGGUAGUCAAUAUUGGUAUUCAGGCAUCUGAUCUAGAUGAUUUUGUUAAACUAACCAACCUUAGAAAAUUGGGAGUUAUCAUAUUUGACGUUGGGGAAAAAAAGGAGAAAGGGACAAACAUCAUAUUUGAGCAUAUCCACUCUCUAUCAGUGGACUCUUGUUUCAAGGGUUUACCAAUACCAUGGAACAUAGUAUUAAGCUGUCCUAAUAUAUACAAGCUGCGACUACACGGAUAUAUCACAGAGUUAUCAGAAGACCUCAUGUGCCUUAGGAACCUCACAAAGCUUACAUUGAGGGAAUUUGGUAAUCUCAAGGACGACCACAUAAAAGUAUUAGAGAAGCUGCCGAGCUUGAGAAUGCUUUUUGCUAGUCACGGGAGUUUUUCGGAAUCUCUUGUUUGCUCAGAGGGAGGCUUUCCAUUUCUCGAAUUUCUUUCUCUUAUGCACUUGAAUGAGUUAAAAGAAUGGAAGGUGGAGAAAGGAGCCAUGCCUAAUCUCUGCAAAUUGCACAUUGAGGAUUGCUUAAAAUUGGAGGCAGUUCCAGAUGGGCUUCAAUAUAUUACUACCCUCAAGGAGCUAACCAUCAAUUGGAUGCUUCCUGAAUUCUGUAGCCAGCUUGGGGAAGGAGGAGAGGAUUUUUACAAAAUCCAACAUGUGCAGUCUGUUAUUAUAACAAAUAUUUGGCAUGGUUGGGUAUAAAAUGGGAAAACUUGAAGGGAAAAAGAGUUGGGGGGCGGAGCAACAGCAAAAAGAGUUGGGU